AGUAAAGGCCACUACCGCCGACCGCAGCGAGCACCAGACCAAGCUAUGAUGUGAUUGGAAAAGCACGGGUUUCCACAUCUAUUUCGAACUCCGCGAAUUUGUGCAUCCGGCGCGUGUUUUGAUGUGAAAAAGGACCUUUUGGAACGCCACGAAGAUGAGGUCCACGACGAUCGUGUGCUUUGUGUUUGUGUUUUUGACGUUAGACGGCCUGCUGCACGCCUUGGAAUGUCCGCAGGGCGUCGCGGAGUGUCCGACUUCUUCAGCGAACAACGAAACCGAAGCCACAUCCCCAAAGCCCGAGGGGGAACCAUCGAAACCAGAAAGUUCACCACCCCCUAUGACGAACGAAGAUCAUACACUACCCCCACCAAGUCCAACCAACUUAAGUCACGAAAGAAUGGAAGGACCAAGAGGCAGAGCUCUCAACUUCACCUCUAACGUUUUCAGUAAUGGCGUCUCUAUGACCAAUACAUCUUUUCACAACAAGGACAUGGACGACCUGAGCGAUGUGACCAUAGACGAUGAAGAAGAAGAAAUGCAUUUACCUAAUAUUCCUCCAAUGGUUACUUUAUCAAAUGGUUCGUGCUCUAAGGGUGGUUUUACCUACCACGAUGGGGAGAGAGUUGAGACAGACUGUGAUACUGUAUGCAUAUGCAAUAAGGGCGUUAUGAACUGCAGGGACAGAUGUGAACAGCCCCUUUUCAGAAGAGGGAAAAAGAUAGACGACCCCAUGUGCCAGGAGAAACAGACUGACGACCCAUGCUGUGGUAUAUUGGUUUGCGCAGGCUCCGCUACUGAACCGUUAGAAAUAUGUCACGAAGGCAACAAGACCUACAACAGGGGGGAAAUUUUCCACAAAGGUUGCGAUGAGACGUGCAGCUGUGAUGUAGGUGGAAAAAUAACAUGCAAACCAAGAUGUCUACCGAGAAACACGGAAAACAACGUCAAAUGCGUGGAGGUCCAAGACCCAGAGGACUCCUGCUGCAAGAAACUGCUCUGCGACGUCACCCUCAACGAGAACGAAUCAGAAGGCGGCCUCAAAAUAACGAACGCAAAGUACCUCAACUCAUCCAUGAUCGAAAUAAAGUUCGAACCAAAACUUGAAGAUAACGACUCUUCUCCAAUCGUGGAACUGAGCGACAACCAAAAGGACUGGAUCGCCUACAAGCUACUUCCCGGCGGUUUCCUACCAGUUCAAAAUUCCACCAAGCAUUCUUUCAUACGUCUCGAGGGUACCUCGGAAGUCCUGACCUUGGAACGACCCAAAGCAAGUGGUGACUCCGAAUUUGACGCGCAGACGCAAAGCUGCACUUACAAGGGUAAAACCUUCAAGCUCAACGACGAAUACAACGACAAUUGCACUCAUCUGUGCUCCUGCAAGAGAACGGGGAUGACUUGUCUGAAACUAGACUGCCCAACUUAUUUCGGAACCGACGUCUUGGAUUCGACCUGCGUGGAAUGGGAGACUGUACCUCCGAACUUCGUCCCUUCGCCGCCUAUGUGUUGUCCGACGGAGGUGCGUUGCAAGAACAACGGAUCCUGCUUGCACAAGGGGGAGAUGUACCAGAACUGGCAGCAUCUGCCGACCAACGUCACUGGUUGCGAGAAGCAGUGCUACUGCGAGAUGGGCAAGAUCGAGUGUCAGAACGUCUGCCCUCCGAUGACAGCCCUGCCCGGUCCGGAUCUACCCUGCCCACCACACAUGGCCACUGUAGGGCAUCUGCCGAAUGACGACUGUUGUAUGCAGUGGAUCUGUAGAUCUGAUUCUGAUGCAGGUCAUCCAUUCCCCGGCUUCCCUAACAACUUCCAAAACCACGACGAAAUCACUGUACACACGCUGGAGGCAGUAGAUGCGCACACCAUAAGGCUGGCCUUCUUGGUCCCCCCAGUCAUCGUCGGUUUACACGGAAGAGUCGAAGUGCGCUACACCGACAAACGAGACGCCAUCUUGGACAACUGGGAACUACAGGUUUUCGCGCCGCCAAACGAUCUCAUAGCCACCCCACAGCUAGAAUUCGACCUUUUAGGUCUCAAGGCCAACACCGAGUACAGGAUCCAGAUCACCAUCACCCUGCGAGAUCUCCACAACACCCCCACCAGCCAAGUGUACAAGAUCAGAACGCCCGCAGAAUCGGCCUCAUCCACUUUGCCGCCCCUGAUCCCGAUCGAUCCAGAACUGAACAUAGCGGAAGUCAACUCGACUUGGGUGACAGCCGCUUGGAGGAAGUUCACAGAGUACGAACUGCAGUUCAUAGACGGCAUCCAGUUGAGGUUCAAGGAGAUCGAUGGUCGGAUCUACGCAGCCACCCCUCUGAUUCACAGAGCGGUGUCCAGUUACACCAUAGAAAACCUGAAACCGAACACCAAAUACGAAAUCGGCAUCUAUUUCAUUCCGUUUCCUGGUCAAACGUCUGAGCUACAAGCUGAGAGUAUGGCUCAUUUCACAACGGCCAACGAGGUGGAUACCUACGGGUUCAAUGUUACUUUGGAAAUCGGCCACGUCAAGUCGACCAGCGUGGAGAUCAGCUGGUUUGGCGUGCCUUACCCCGAGGACAAGUACGUCAAUAUCUACAGAGCCAUCUAUCAGAGCGACUCUGGAAAGGAGGAUCAAAGUACUUUCAAAAUAGCUAAGAGGGAUUCGCCCACAAAGACUAUCAUCGCAGACUUGAAGCCAGGAACAAGGUACAGACUGUGGCUGGAGGUUUAUUUGACCAAUGGUAAAAUAAAAACCAGCAACGUGCAAGACUUCUUGACCAAACCCAGAGCUGCUCCUGUCUUGGGGUCAUCGUCACGUGACAAAUUAUCCAGAGAUGAAGAGUUAGAUAGCAAGGGAGACUACUAUGCUCCACUAGUCAUAGUUGCAAUUUUAGCAGCGAUAGCCAUAAUGAGUACUCUGGUUCUACUACUUGUGUUGUUGAGGAGGCACAACCAGAAUAAGGCUGCCAUUACACCGCCAAGCAGAAUAUGUCAAUCCGCGUAUGACAAUCCUACAUACAAAGUUGAGAUACAACAAGAGACUAUGGGUUUAUGAAGCUGACUAUAUCCCACAAAGAUGUAAAUACAGAAUUAAGUUCUAUUCUUUAAGUGAGAAAAUAAAUAUGUUAUAUUUAAGGAGAAACAGUUUUUUAAUGUAAAAUAGAGAAAUAUAUUAUAUUUAUUAUUUAAA